GCCAGGCAUCCCAGAGGCGGGCGGGGCUCCGCGCGUGGGAAAGGAGCGAGCCGGCCAGGGGGACGGACAGAGGCGGGGCGGCCGCGCUUCCCGGCCCCGUCCGCUGCUCCCCGCCCGCACUCCCAUCUCCGAGCGCUGCGCAGGCAGCAAAGAUGUGCAGCGAUAUGAUCCAGAUGCUGCCGGUGAACUUGGACCAAGAAGGCACCCUCCUCUAUUUCCAAGUCUUAGAAACGGACAGCUGGAGAACAUCAGGAAAAUGUGAACCUGCCCAAAUCUUCAGAAGCCCUAAUAAUCAUGUCCUCAUAGCACGGCCGGCUGACGAAGAUUUCCCUGCGGUAUUUGAACGCAGAACAGACCAGGAAAUUCAGAACGUAUCAGGAAUCAAAUUUGACAUCCACAGUUACCAAGACACCCAGCCAAAGGGACUGUGCGUGGCCUUCACUGUAGAAUUUAACCACAAGAUUUACCACAUGUUUGUGGAGAAAAAGGAAAACAAAAUGAGGGUGAAUUUUAAGGCAGGGACAAUUCCCAAGCACAUCGAAGGGGACACCAGCAACAUCAUCUUCAUCAAAACACGGUUUUCGGACGGCAGCCGGCAAUUUUACAAGUUCGAAUCUGCUCUGGAACGUGGCUAUUUCCUGGCCUUCGACUAUGUGGAAGGUAGUCCUGAGACCGUUCUGGUGGUCAAGAAGGUAGAACUAGCAGAUGAAGUGGAUGAAUCCACCAAGCUUCACCACGCUCCACUCCAUUGACAAGGAAACCCAAGUAGAAAAGAGAAAAAAAACGAGAUGGCAAGCAGUCGAAAAAGGGCAGAUUUUAAAGGAAUGGUUGGUAUAGCGCAGAGGUCUUCAAACUUGGCAGCUUUAAGACUUGUGGUGUUCAACUCCCAGAAUUCUCCAGCCAGCUACGCUCAUAAAUUCAUAAGUCUUAAAGCUGCCAAGUUUGGGGACCCCUGGUUUAGCGUAUGGAGCAUUUUAUAAAAUUGCUCACUUUCCUUGCUUAAUAUUUGAAAAAUCGACCCAUGGAUCAGUACUAAUUAACAGUAUCUAAAAUUGGGCGGGGUAAAUAAUGGCACUAGAAAAGCCACACAAAUAUCCACGGCUUUGCAAGGAAUCUCAAUCAAUUACCAAUGAAUAUUUUUUUUAAAAUUAGACAACAGCCAAACAAAAAAUGCUAGAUAAAUCUAUGGAAUGUCAACAUUUCACACCUUAUCUAAGCUGAGUCUAAGGCAUAUUUUUUAAAUUGAGAUGUUAUAUUUUUAAUAAUAAUAAUCAAUCCAGAAGUUGUUUUGUUAUUAUUUCUUGAAAGUAUUUUUGUAGGUCGUAAAAUCGGGUGCAACUCAAUUUAACAACCACUUUAUUGAGCAAGAGGAAUUUUGGUCGCAAGUAUGAUCAAAAGUCAAAGAUUACCUGCAUCUGUUCACUGGCAAACAAACAGAUUUAUGAACUGGGAAUUUUUGGUUUCCCAUUUUUAAAAAAACUGUCCUGAUAACUGAUUCUAGCUAAACUUAUUAAUAACUGCAUUUUUUCCUUUAUUCAAAUGGUAUAUUCUUUUAGCCCAUUAUAAAUAAAAAAUACAUUUCAUAACACAGGGAAACUCCCACAUGCUUUUCCCAAAAAUGACUAAGAGAAAGAUAAGCUUUUUAUAUUCUCCAAAGGGCCAAGUUCAAGAUCAAUCUCUCUUUCUAAUUGAAGAUUGAGAUUUUUUUGGCCCAGAGCAAAGACAAUCCAUUUGCAAUCUCAGCAUCAAGAAGCCAAACCAUCAGAUUUUUCUGGGAGAAUGCAAAGAGAAGGGUGAACGUCAGAACAGGACAGCCAUAUCAGCAGAUUCUGGAAAUCUGUUUCUUUCUAAAGCAAGUUUCUAGCUCAUAUGAUUAAAAAGGCAUUGUUUCUAAGCUCCAUAUGAGUCAUUGGGUACCCAGCCUAUGCUAAAUUCAACCUCAUGAAAGAUGCGCAGAAGCUGGAUUGGUUGUGUGACCCAAACGUGUGCAUGAUUCCACGCUGAUAAGGGAGCAGAACGAGCUGCAAUGUUCCAGUUAAGCCACAAUCAGAACUUUUUAAGAGGAACUUUCGUUCUUGCUUUUAAUGUUUGAAAACGCCAUGCCAGGGCUUGUCUAAACAAAGUGGUUUUUCCAAACCUCACACUUUAGGUUCUGCACUGAUCUAUUUUUUCCCCCAUCCGUUUUAAAUGUGUAUCAAGGCAUAUUUUGUAUUAACUUAACAGUGACAGUUGGAAGGGACCUUGGAGGUCACCUAGUCCAACCCCUGCUCAUGCAGCAGACCUGUACUAGGGAUUCGAAGCGCCAAACUGCCGACUUUUCUGAUCAACAAGCUCAGUGUCUUAGCCACUGAGCCACUGUUGUUUAUUUUAUUAGUUUGGGAAGGAAAGGUAUCAAUAUAUCCCAAAUCUUUUUUUUU